AUGGUUAUUAAAGAGGCAGUACUUAUUUUUGCUGGUUCAGGCGUCUCCUGCGAUGGAUGUAUGGCUCCAAAUUUUACCGGGGACCGGUACAAAUGUUUGAGGUGCUAUGACUUUGACUUGUGCGCAAGAUGCUAUGCGGAAGAACGGAAGGGUAAGAAGGAACGAUCUAGGGAUACAAACAGUAUGCAUCAGACCAAUCACCCAAUGCAGUGCAUAAUGACUCAGCAGGACUUUGAACGUACGUAUCGAGGGGAUCCUGCGCAUAGCUGGGAGCGAUCGCGUGUCGUUAUUUUCACUUGUCCAGUAUGCGGAGCUCAAGGUUUUUCUAGGGAACGGCUAGUGUCCCAUGUAAUUGAAGAGCAUCCUUCGCCUUCUGCUCCACCGCCAUCUCAUGCUAAAAAAGAAGAAAUGGUACAUUAG